AUAGUAUUAGUCUCGAUGUUUAACCAGUACAGCACAACCAUUAGUACCGUAAACACCUCCUGGAAUCCGAAAAUUCCUGGCUCUUCUCGUCCAUCUGCAAAUCAAGGACUUUGUUGCCGAGUAGAUCCUGGGCAGGCAUGGGAUAAGUGCCUGCCCAGGGUUCCAGACCAUAAUGUCGCAUGUCGACCCCCAUUUUUCAUCACCGUCAGAAUAAUGGAUGCCGGUAUAAAAAGUACGAGACGAACGACACCGCCAGGUGAUGUUGACAUAUUGAUGGCACAGACAACCCAAUUGAAAGUUACUUCAUCUUCACACACGAUCACCAUUUUGCAACAGAAUAAGGCCAUUGGAACGCAUUCGCUACAUCUCGACUUUGGUGUUUCGCUAGCCUCAACUACUUUGCAUAUCUGAACCAUUACAUGUGAUUUUACACCCAUUUGCAAGGAUCCUCGGGCAAGGAUUUAGCAUACGGUGGGCGAUCAUCCAUCCCCUGCAAAGGUCAUUCGGGCAGCAUUGUUUUGACGGGUCGUGGCACUUUGGCAAAGCUUCGGACAAAUUUAAUACUAGAUUUAUUUUGGAACACAAAUAUUAUGUUUUCUUAUUGAUACUAUUUUACAAAACGCAGCCAAUAUAUUAUAUUAUAUUGAUUGCAAAUAAACUUUAUACCUGUAAUUUA